AUGGCGGAAACGAUGCCAGUUUGCCGCGCCGCUCCGUCCUCAGAGGAGCGUACUCAAAGCCAGGUUUCGGAAGCCCCACUUGAAGACCCAGAGCGCACCAGGAGAGUUCAAGAGGCACGCAGAAGGAAUGACAAAUUCUGGAGAGACGUGUUCGCGGAAACCGGCGUCCGCCGGUAUCGCAGUCACGUCGAAGAUAGUGUUUGGAAACAGAGACUCACAAUUGCCGCUGUGGCGUUCGUGAUUAUCGCCGGCAUCACACAGGCGAUUUACCGCGCGUACCUCGAUUUGAAUUUCGGCUUCAGGAAUAUUGAUGUCACAGAUACAGAGCGACUCAAAGAAGUGAUGUUUGGCGGCAACCCGUGGAUUGUUCUUUGCCGAUGGCCGGAAAACAAGAAAUGUCGUGCACACGUCGAUACAGACGGCGCGGGUUCAAUCCGGAAGGUUCGCAUGCAUGUGUCGCCGCUGUUUUACGUCCCCAGGAAAGUCCCGGAGAUUCUCGACAAUCACCGUCAAGAGCUCAUGAAAUUUGGCAGCCUAGGAAGCGUCGACUGCUCAGCCAAUCUGCCCAGCGGAACCAAGUUCGCCGAGCGCUUCCGCAUCCCGUCGAGCACGGAGGCGAUGGUCAUCACCAACGGAAAAGCUCCACGAAUUUUGAAUGUCUGGGCCUUGAAGAACUGGGAAAAUUUGUCAUCGUUCUUGCAGAGGAACACGAAAAUCGAAGUGCGCAGCGUUGAAGAGAACAUUUCCUUCACAAAGAAUUGCCUCUUCCCACCGGGGAGUCGGUGCAUCAUCUUUGCGCGAAAAGGCGGUUUCACCCCCGAGACGAAACACAAGGUCAUUGCAGGCACCGUUGGCAAGAAGGGAAAGACCCGGAAGUUGAAGGUCGUCACUGUAGACACUGGGAAAUAUCAAGUGAGCGGCGUCGACCUCGGAGCGAAAUCGUUUUAUGCAACGAAAGUUGCAUGCAUCGGAAACAUUUCCCCACCCCCUACGCCUGAGGCGAAGAAGAAGAAAGACGUGUCGAAGGAUACCUUCAUCUCCUCCAUUUACCAAGGCGAAUUCACGAAUUCACGCACGCUUUUGGAAUUUGCGGAAUCAUGCAUCUCCUCCAAGGAAGGCAACACCCACUUCCAGUACUUUGUCAAGGGAAAAUAG